AUGGGUAACAGUACAUCUGUGUCAUCAAAUGGUCAUGUUAUAUAUGCACGACCAAAUAAUAGCAUCACAGUUCAAAAGAACGGUGUGGACAUUGACAAUCGGUUUGUGGUUCCCCACAAUGUUGACCUCUAUGUCAAGUACGAUACACAUAUAAAUGUUGAAAGUGUUAACUGUGAUGGUAUGGAGAAGUACCUCUUCAAGUACACAACCAAAGGCUUUGAUUGUGCAAAGGUUGGGAUCCAAAAUAGAGGCAGUAAUAAUGUUGUUGGAGUGAACGAAAUAAAGCAGUAUUUAGACUACAGAUGCAAAACGCCCAAUGAUGCAGCAUGGCGUCUUCUCCAAUUCGAUAUCCACCACACUAAUCCAUCUUUGGAGCGGCUGAAUGUCCACCUUUCACUUGAGAACAAUGUCUUAUUUGCUGAAGACGAUUGGACAUGGCAUGCUGAUGGAAAGUAUUGGGCACAACGCCGUAAUGAUCGUGACAAAAUUGGGCGCAUAACUAAUGUCAUCCCUAACGAAGGAGAGGUUUUCUACAUGCGUAUGUUGCUACACAUUGCGAAAUGA